CGCGCGCUCGCGGAGAAACUGGUGAUGAUGGUGUUGGUGAUGGUGCCGAAAGGGCGUCAUUGAAGGGCAGACGCGGGGUGGGAGUGUGCGUGAUAGGAUAGUUGCCCUCUGGUGUCACAGAGGGAGGCGAUCAGGCUUUAAACGCACCAUCAGGGAAAAGUCAAAGGAUGUCAGCUUGUUGUUCUUCUGCUUUGUACCAGAGCGGCUGCUCGUAAACAGCUGGCCUUCACGUUUUUCACAGAGGCUACUAUGAGGAGACCAUCUGGCAAACCAGACCCUGGAAAGCAAUCCAAUUCUUCAGAACUCAUUUGAAGUGGACCGAAUCAUGCAUCGCGGCCGGUAGAACUUGCUCCCUUCUGUUCUGACUUUAAGAGUGAGGAAGCCAGACGCGGCACAAAUAUGGGCACAGACCAACCCUGCACGGACUCCCUAGAGCGGAGACCCAUUCUGGCUCCGGAUCAAAAAGCACAGCUUGGCCAGAAGUGUCUGCGGAAAAAGCUAAGGCCUGUUCGAAUCUUGGGGUUUGUCUUCAGCUUGGUGGCCUUAAGUGUUGUCUCUGUCAGUGCCUUGACCUGGAGCUCAUGGGGGGUUAGUGAGCCAGCGCUUCCUAGGGAGGAGCACCACCAGACGGCCCCUCACAGGACCCUACUUUUCACCCCAAACCAGAGGGACCCGAAUGUGUCAGCUGACAUGCCCAUAGCAAUGAGGUCCACGGCGGGCGACAAUGAGAGCCAAGGCGAGUACCCGCCAGACCUCUUCACCCUCAGUGAAAGACGUCAAGGAGCCGUGGUCCUGCACAUGUUCGGCAUGAUCUACAUGUUCAUCGCCUUAGCCAUUGUGUGCGACGAGUUCUUCGUCCCAGCCUUGACGGUAAUCACAGAGAAACUGAACAUCUCGGAUGAUGUGGCAGGCGCCACCUUCAUGGCGGCAGGCGGCUCCGCCCCGGAGCUGUUCACCUCCAUCAUCGGCGUCUUCAUCUCGCACAGCAACGUGGGCAUUGGGACCAUCGUGGGCUCGGCCGUCUUCAACAUCCUCUUCGUCAUCGGGAUGUGCGCCAUCUUCUCCAAGGAGAUCCUAAACUUGACGUGGUGGCCGCUCUUUCGCGACGUAUCCUUCUAUAUCCUGGAUCUGAUCAUGCUCAUCAUCUUCUUCCUGGAUAACAUCAUCUUGGUGUGGGAAAGCGUCACACUGCUCUCCGCCUACGCCGCCUAUGUGAUCUUCAUGAAGUUCAACAGCAAAAUGGAGGGCUUCGUCAAAAGCUGCAUGCACAGGAACCAGGUGGUGGAAGUGGAGGUGCAGCCCAAGGAUGAGAAGGCGAGUCCCGGGGCGCCAGAGGAUGAUGGCAAAUUGUCGGCAAGGCCCCGCCUCCAAAGGGGGGGUAGUUCCGCCUCCCUCCACAACAGCUUGAUGAGGAACAGCAUUUUCCAGCUGAUGAUUCAUACACUAGACCCUUUAAGUGAAGAAUUUGCAGAUUCUGAGCUUGGAACUUAUGGGAAACUAAAAUAUUAUCACUCAAUGACUGAGGAAGGUAAAUUUCGAGAGAAGGCCUCGAUUCUGCACAAGAUUGCUAAGAAGAAAUGCCAAGUGGAGGACAGCGAGAAGGCCAAUGGCGUUUCAAGCCGCGCAGAUAAGAAUCUACCAAACAGCUCCAGCGUGGAAGAAGAAGUGCCACCACCCAUGAACGGGACAGCUGGACAGGAGGGGGAAGCGGCUGAAGAUGAGGAGGAAGAGGACCAGCCUCUGAGCCUGUCAUGGCCGGAAUCCAACCGCAAGCGCUUUACUUACCUCCUCAUCAUGCCUAUAGUCCUCCCUUUGUGGAUAACAUUGCCUGAUGUCAGAAAGACGUCAUCCAAGAAGUUCUUCCCAGUCACGUUCUUGGGUUCCAUCACCUGGAUUGCAGUAUUCUCCUACCUUAUGGUCUGGUGGGCUCACCAGGUCGGAGAGACUAUUGGGAUCACGGAAGAGAUCAUGGGUCUGACUAUUUUAGCAGCUGGUACCUCCAUCCCAGACUUAAUCACCAGCGUCAUUGUGGCACGCAAGGGUUUGGGUGACAUGGCUGUUUCCAGCUCUGUGGGCUCCAACAUCUUUGACAUCACUGUUGGAUUGCCGUUCCCCUGGCUCUUCUGGUCCUUCUUCAACGGCCUGAAGCCGGUACAAGUCAGCUCCAACGGACUGUUUUGUGCCAUCGUGCUCCUCUUCCUCAUGCUCCUCUUUGUCAUCAUCUCCAUCGCCGCCUGCAAGUGGCGCAUGAGCAAGCUCCUGGGCUUCAUCAUGUUCAUGUUGUACUUCGUCUUCCUGGUGGUCAGCGUCAUGCUGGAGGACAGGGUGAUCACCUGCCCGGUAUCGAUCUGAGCGCCUGUCAUGGAGCUACCCCGCUCUCCUUCUCUACCACUCCAACAACCAUCCGUUUUGUCUGCUGUCGCUCCCAACUAACUCUUUGUACCAGGAAUAAUAUAAAAAAUAACAAUUAUACAAAUCGUACAUGAGAAUAGCAUAGAAAUAUUUUAAAAAGUGACAUUUUCCUGCAUUUUUAUUGAUUAUUGUAGGUGGCACCAGGAGGUGGGUAAACCAACAAAGACAAAAGCUUGUCUUGACCAGUUCACAAAGUGAAUUUUGUUUAUUAUUAUUAUUACUAUUCCACUGGCAGGUAAAAUGGGGGGACGUAUGCCAAAUAUAGAAGUAUUAUGCAUGCCAUUAGGUUCUCUAGAAUCCAGACUGCAACCAGUGAUGUGGAGCUGCAUUCUGCAAAACUCCUGCAAUCUGCAAAUGUAGUGACUGAGCUGAGAAGGUGAAAGCACACACUGAGGCUUCACCAGCAGCACAGGGAUGUGGGUGAAUACAUGGAUAACGAACGGGUGUUUUGUUUUAAACGCCUGAUUGAGCUGAUUUUUUUUUCUCUGGAUUUCUCUGAAAAUACAUGAACUUCUUACUUUUAGUGUCUUGUUUUGUUUGUUUUUUGCACAUCUACGCUUCAGUUCCUAUCUUCCCCUAUCAGCCACCAUCGAAUGUUUCCUUAAGUGAAUUUCUAUUUUGGCUUCACCAUUACUAGCAAUAGCAUACUGUAGCAUUAGCAGUAUUAGCUAACACGAAGCCAUCUUGACAAUCUGCUGUUUUUUUGGUUUGUUAUGUUUUUAACUAAGCACACACGUUCUGAUUUAACAGAACUGAUCACGCGUCACAUGCACUAAUUUAAAAAAAAAAUAAAGAUACAUUUAAAAAAAA